AAAUGGGGUCGGCCUCUCUCUUUCUUACUCUUCUAGUGCUCGCAGUGUUUCUCAGCUUGCCUUCUCAAACCACUGCCGACUACCCUUACUCGUCUCCUCCUCCACCUCCUAAGUACUACUACAAGUCACCACCUCCACCGGUGCAUUAUCCUCCACCACCUUACAAGUACAAGUCUCCUUCUCCUCCUAAGGAGGAGCCAUACAAAUACAAGUCUCCUCCUCCUCCUCCAAAGGAGGAGCCAUACAAAUACAUGUCUCCUCCUCCUCCUAAGGAGGAGCCAUACAAAUACAAGUCUCCCCCACCACCUUCUCCAGUUUACAAAUACAAGUCCCCUCCUCCUCCUAAGGAGGAGCCAUACAAAUUCAAGUCUCCUCCUCCCCCUAAGGAGGAGCCAUACAAAUACAAGUCUCCCCCGCCCCCUCCUCCAGUUUACAAAUACAAGUCUCCUCCUCCUCCUAAGGAGGAGCCAUACAACCCUCCUCCAAUUUACAAAUACAAGUCCCCUCCUCCUCCUAAGGAGGAGGAGCCAUACAAAUACAAGUCUCCCCCACCACCACCACCCCAUUAUGUCUACUCAUCACCCCCUCCUCCUCACCACUACUAA